AUGCCGUCAACUCUGGUAAGACUCCACUCCCACUUGAGAACCUCACGACGGCUCGCUGAGCUAUGCGCGGUGCUGUGCAAGAGCCCCACGGAGCAGCCGCCCGGCCCGCCGCACUCGCACCCUCCCAAGGAUGCCGUCAACUCUGGCACGACAUCGGGCGGCAAGAAGUCGGGCUCCGGCAGCGGCGUGCUCACGUGCCCCAAGUGCGGCGACCCGUGCACGCACGUGGAGACGUUCGUCAGCUCCACGCGCUUCGUCAAGUGCGACAAGUGCCACCACUUCUUCGUCGUGCUCAGCGAGGUCGACACCAAGAAGAGCAUCAAGGACAACGCCGACACUAAGUCUGGAUUCUACAGGAAACCCCCGCCGCCGCCGAAGAAGAUAUUCGAAUACCUGAACAAGCACGUGGUAGGCCAGGAGUACGCCAAGAAGGUGUUGUCGGUCGCGGUGUACAACCACUACAAGAGGAUCUACAACAACGUCACCAGCGGCGCGCCCGCUGACGCGCACCACCCGCUGCACCACACACACAGAGGCCAGGAGUACGCCAAGGUGUUGUCGGUCGCGGUGUACAACCACUACAAGAGGAUCUACAACAACGUCACCAGCGGCGCGCCCGCCGACGCGCACCACCCGCUGCACCACACACACAGAGCACAGAAGGGAUACGCAGCAACUAUUAGUCGCGGGUACUACCACUACAAGAGGAUCUACAACAACGUCACCAGCGGCGCGCCCGCUGACGCGCACCACCCGCUGCACCACACACACAGAGGAGUGCGCCAAGGUGCUGUCGUGGCGGUGUACUACCACUACAAGAGGAUCUACAACAACGUCACCAGCGGCGCGCCCGCUGACGCGCACCACCCGCUGCACCACACACACAGAGUACUGGACGAGCUGUGGUGGCCAGGAGUACGCCAAGGUGCUGUGGUGGCUGUGUACUACCACUACAUGAGGAUCUACAUCACACACACAGAGGUAACUACUCUGCUUCAUGACUCGAGUACUGAACGAGCGCGUGGUGGCCAGGAGUACGCCAAGGUGCUGUCGUGGCGGUGUACAACCACUACAAGAGGAUCUACAACAACGUCACCAGCGGCCGCAGACGCGCACCACCCGCUGCACCACACACACAGAGGAGUACGUCAAGGUGCUGUCGUGGCGGUGUACUACCACUACAAGAGGAUCUACAACAACGUCACCAGCGGCCGCAGACGCGCACCACCCGCUGCACCACACACACAGAGCCGUGGUGGCCAGGAGUACGCCAAGAAAGUGCUGUCGGUCGCGGUGUACAACCACUACAAGAGGAUCUACAACAACGUCACCAGCGGCGCGCCCGCCGACGCGCACCACCCGCUGCACCACACACACAGAGUACUGGACGAGCUGUGGUGGCCAGAAGUACGCCAAGGUGCUGUCGUGGCGGUGUACUACCACUACAAGCGGAUCUACAACAACGUCACCAGCGGCGCGCCCGCCGACGCGCACCACCCGCUGCACCACACACACAGAGGUAACUACUCCGCUUCAAGACUCGAGUACUGGACGAGCUGUGGUGGCCAGGAGUACGCCAAGAAGGUGCUGUCGGUCGCGGUGUACAACCACUACAAGCGGAUCUACAACAACGUCACCAGCGGCUGCCGACGCGCACCACCCGCUGCACCACACACACAGAGGCCAGGAGUACGUCAAGGUGCUGUCGUGGCGGUGUACUACCACUACAAGAGGAUCUACAACAACGUCACCAGCGGCGCGCCCGCUGACGCGCACCACCCGCUGCACCACACACACAGAGGAGUGCGCCAAGGUGCUGUCGUGGCGGUGUACUACCACUACAAGAGGAUCUACAACAACGUCACCAGCGGCGCGCCCGCUGACGCGCACCACCCGCUGCACCACACACACAGAGCCGACCUCCUGCACAUAAGCCACGGGACCAGUACCGGCGGAGGCGGCGCCGAGGUCUUAGAGAGGCAACACCACGAGCUGAGGCUUGACAAGAGCAACGUGCUGCUGUUGGGACCUACGGGAUGCGGCAAGACGCUCCUGGCGCAGACGAUAGCGCAGUGCCUGGACGUGCCGUUCGCGAUCUGCGACUGCACCACGCUCACGCAGGCCGGCUACGUCGGCGAGGACAUCGAGAGCGUCAUCGCCAAGCUGCUGCAGGACGCCAACUUCAAUGUUGAGCGUGCACAGACAGGCAUCGUGUUCCUGGACGAAGUAGACAAAAUAGGCGCCGUGCCCGGAAUACAUCAGCUCAGAGAUGUGGGAGGCGAGGGCGUGCAGCAAGGCAUGCUGAAGAUGCUGGAAGGCGCAGUGGUGUCGGUGCCGGAGCGCAAUUCGCGCAAACUACGCGGCGACGCGGUUCAGGUCGACACCACCAAUAUCCUCUUCGUGGCCAGCGGCGCUUAUAACGGGCUCGACAGACUAGUGCAGCGGCGCAACAACGAGAAGUACCUCGGCUUCGGCGCGUGGGACUCGCGCUCGGGCCGGCGCGCCGCGCUGCAGGCCGCCGCCGCCGACGCGUCCCCGCACGCCACCGCCGCCGCCGAGGCCGACGAGCGCGACGCCUGGCUGCGCAAGGUGCAGGCGCGCGACCUCAUCGACUUCGGCAUGAUCCCGGAGUUCGUGGGGCGCUUCCCGGUGCUGGUGCCUUUCCACAGCCUCAACCAGGACCUGCUCGUGCGGAUACUCACGGAGCCCAAGAACGCUAUGGUGGCGCAGUACAAGCUGCUGUUCGCGAUGGACAAGUGCGAGCUGUCGUUCAGCGCGGACGCCCUGCGAGCCGUGGCCGCGCUCGCUAUGGAGCGCAAGACCGGCGCGCGCGGCCUGCGCGCCAUCAUGGAGAACCUGCUACUAGAAGUGAUGUUCGAGAUCCCCGGCUCCGACAUCACGUCAGUCCACAUCCACGAGGGCUGCGUCCACCGCAACGAGGCGCCGCGCGUGCAACGACGACACGACGAGCGCGAGCGAUGCGACGCCAUGGACGACUGGCCCUCGGUGCGCCUGCACAACUAGAGUCGAGACUGGCGUGUCACAACCAUCUGUCACUCAGUAUGCGCUGUGAGCGAGUAGGAGUAUGGUGGCAGCGAGCGACGCGCGCUUCUGUGCUCAACCGAUCCGCCGGCACACGCUUCGGAGGUACCACUUCCCAACCUGCCGGGACUAUCCUUAUUUAAAUCUCAACAAAAAUACCUUAAUACAGUCAUGGGUAAGGUUCAGUUUGCUUUGUAGAUGAUGCAUAGUGAAUUUACAUUUUAAUGCCCAUGACUGAACAGUCUUAUAGCGUAGGUGUUGAGUGAAAAGUGCUUUUAUUGAGAUUUCGAUGUUGGCCCUUUGGAGAACUUGAUGUCUUUGAGCAGCAUUAUCAGCAUAGACAAUCAGCCAUUUUAAGGCGUAACUGAAUACGAAAAUUAAAUGAACUGCAAGGUACGAAUAACACAAAAACAUUUUCAAAAAUAUGCGGUGCUAUGGCAAAGUAAAACAAACAUCUGGAAGUUAAAGUUCAAAUUGAGAUCGUAGAGAUAAGAUUAUGGAGACUUUUGGCUUUUUUGUGAGCAGUCAAUAAUCUGUUCCGCUUUACAAAGAUGGGAAAUCAUUAGUUUUGAGGACUGGCGACACUAUUUGUCGUUCAAAAAUUUCAGACUUGGCGUUACUUUAUCUUCAGUAAUCUAUAGACGCGUGUGCUACUAAAAUAAUUUGUAACAACUGCAAAAUUAAAUAGUGUUUUCUUUUGAAACUAAUCGAAAUUGUUUUGCGUUGUUUUAAAAAACAAUAAAUUAGUAGCGUGAGGUAUCAAAUUGAGCACGGAAUUUGUGUGGUUUCUAUUCAAAUCCUCUGUUGUCCAAGUACAAUAUUUGCUAUAGACUGAUCGUCUUUAUAGUAAAGUACAUUACGUGCAUUGUAGUUCCCGGCUGAUAGCUGCAAUAGGCAUAAAAUGCACGAUAAGCACUAAAGUGUGCAGAUACUGUGACUAUUUCAGCGUCAGCGAUAGUGAACUGUUUGUGUAUACAGGGUGUUAGGUAAAUGGGUAUAUGAGCCGACACUAGCCCAUGUUAACAUGGGCAUAUAAAUGGUAUGGUGAAGUCAGAAAUUUGAUAUCAUCAUUUUAAUUUUUUUAAUUUUCAUACAAAAUAAAUUUUAUAAAAUCCGAUUUGUAUGAAAAUAAAAAAAUAAAAAAUAAAGAUAUCAAUUUUCUGACUUCACCAUACCAUUACAUAUACCAUACAUACAUACCAUACAUUUAUAUGCCCAUGUUAACAUGGGCUAGUGUCGGCUCAUAUACCCAUUUACCAAACACCCUGUAGAUUUAUCGUGCAUUUUUAGUUGUCGUUAGUGUUAAUUAAAAAUAUCACGACAAAACAUAUUUAAACCUGCGCACUUUAUUGUGAAUAUUGUGUUACUAGAAUUAGCACUACAUAAAUGAAAAUGGAUUGAUUUGUUAAACAAAAAGAUCACUUUUCAGAAAAUCUGUAAUUUUAUUAGCAGAAAACUUCAUUCUUAUUUUUUGAUUACAUUCAAGCUUCUUCAGGUAGUAGCAUUUCGAAAAAUACGUGCCAACUUGGUUGAUUACGGUAUAUUACAUUUCAGUAUCAUAAGCAGACAGUAGUUAAACACUGGGAUGGUUUUGAUACUGAAAUAUAAUAUACGAAAUGUCUAUUUGUGUAUUAUUUUGUAAGAAAGAUGUUUUCAGACUCGUGAUCUUACUUGUAGUUCCUUACGUUAGAAUAAUUGCAAAAAUAAUAUAAAAAACAAUGUUGUAUCGCUGUGACCACCAUACAACAUUACUCUUGUGAUGUAAAUUACUGUAAAUAAUAAAUAGAAGAGAUGUUUAAUGUUUAAGGUCUAAAUAUAUUAGGUUUCCUUGCUAUGUCCAUCUAAGUUGUAAGUACGAAAAAUUACACAAAAAAACAUUGUUAGAUUCUUUUUUAAUAGCAGAAUUUUAUAUUUCGGUCGGUCUACGCUGAAAUUGACGUUUUGACAUUUGUUACAAUAUUAUUAUAUAAUAAUUAUUUUUUUAUUUAUAAAAUGUAAAGUUGUGGUGUGAUUAUAGUGUAAUAAUUAUGUGUCUGAAUUAGAAAAGCAUUUUGUGAUAUUCGCAUCCAGUUUAGUUUUUUCCUUCAAAAUUAGGUCUUGGUUCUGAGAGCCAAGCUUUUUCCGAAGGUUCACCACUUUUGGAUGUAAAAUAAAUAAUAGUUUCGAAGGUAUGUCAGCGAGAGAAAUAGAGAAUGCACUGGAUGUGCGUAAAGCAAAAUCAGAAACCUGUCUAAAUAGAUGCGUUGGAUAAUAGUGAGAUAAAUUGAAAGAAUUUAAGUUAUAAUCACAUUGCAGCUGGAGUUAAAUAGUUUAAGCCUAUUUUCAAAUUAAAAUAUAACGAAAACCAAAAUA